AUAUAUUGUUAUAUUAUCAACAACCCUAGGAAACAGGCGACGAUAAAAUUGAGGAUUUGAAAUAACUAAAUUUAAGAGCGCAAUACACAGGAUGCUGGCCCACAGGAUGCAGCUUUUGAGGACGGCGAACAGCGCCGCUGCCCUCAACUCCGCCGCCAGUCGCCUGGCCACACAGAACUCUUCGAGCAACCGGAGGGAGCUUCACUUGCAAAGGCUCGUCGGAAGAUGUGAUCUGCCACUAAUCACCCCCAAGCUCGCUUGGAAUCCUCAACAGAUUCGGUUCGCUAGUGGGGGAGUGACGAUUUCUGCCGGCGCUGCUUCUGGUGCAAGCGGAACGGGGGGCGCAGAUUACUUGGAAGCGGUACCCACAACACAGCUUGUGGAUCUGCCUGAUAUACCCGCUGCGCCCAUUCCCCCCUCCUCUCUGGGCAUGGACGCUGCUGAAUUGGUCAACGUGGUUAACGCGGCGGGAGAGCCAACCUUCGCCUCCAUCGGAUUGGGCGGCUGGUCGCCUGUGGGCAUUGUGCAGAAUUGUAUGGAGUUCCUACACUGCACCUGGGAUUUGCCCUGGUGGGGAGCCAUCGCAAUUGGAACCCUGGUGGUUCGUACCAUUAUUUUCCCUCUGGUUAUUUUGGCGCAGAGGAACUCGGCCAAGAUGAACAACAACAUGCCACAGAUGCAGUUGCUUCAGCUUAAGAUGACAGAAGCUAGGCAGUCGGGCAAUGCCAUUGAAUCCGCCCGAUAUGCCCAGGAGAUGAUGCUGUUCAUGAGGGAGAAAGGCGUCAACCCGCUGAAGAACAUGGUGGUCCCGCUGGCACAGGCUCCACUUUUCAUCAGUUUCUUCAUGGGCCUGCGACAAAUGGCCAAUACUCCCGUGGAUUCCAUGCGCGACGGAGGACUGUUUUGGUUCCAGGAUCUUACGAUGGCGGAUCCCUUUUACCUACUGCCGCUGAUAACAAGUGCCACCUUGUACCUGACCAUUGAGAUCGGCACGGAUUCGGCUCGUCUAUCGGCCGCUAACAUGAACACCAUGAAGUAUGUGCUGCGUGCACUGCCCAUUGUGAUCUUUCCCUUCACCAUGAACUUUCCGGCGGCAAUUCUUACAUACUGGGCAUGCAGCAAUUUUAUUUCAUUAGGCCAGGUAGCCCUGCUGCGGAUCCCUUCAGUUCGUGACUACUUCAAGAUCGAGAAGAUGCUGACACAUGCGCCCAGUGCAUUGCCACCAAAGAAGGGAUUUGUCGGAGGAAUGAAGGAGUCCUGGGAUAACAUGAAGAUCUCAAAGGAAAUCGAGGAACGACAGAGGCUGGAUGAGAUCCGAUUCGCCAAGGCUGGCAAGGGACCGCUCGUCAAGACGUUCAAAUACGACCCAACCAAAACAGCGAAGCCCAUCAAUAUCGACCCACACAUGCGGUUAAAGGAGCCGCCAAAUAAACAGGGAUAGUUGAUUGUUUCUCCCACCUGUUCCAGGA